CCUCCACCCGGGUGUCGGAUGGAUUAAAGGAAAGUUUAGCCCAAAGGGUUCUGACUGGUAUGCGUAGACAGCGGUUCCCGCCCAGACAAAGUGGAGAAAUACCCUAGUUAGCUGGUUUUGCAUUCUGCCGCCAUUAUUUUGUUAUUUGAAAGCCGCCUGUUAGCUAUUGUGAAACCCUAAUAGUGAUCCUAAUCUCUGCAAAUCGACAUUGUGCGAUUCCUCUGGAGCCCCGACCCUCAUUAAUAAAGAUGGAGAUGGCUUGCUCCGAUACUUCUUCAGUGGCAGGUGCAGAGGCAGUGGUGAAGUGUUUGGGGGCCGUUCCACCUGCUGCUCUCCCUGCCAUUGUUGACUGUGUUCUCGCUUCUUCUGGCCUUUCUCCGUAUGCGCUUUUCUCUUCUCUCAUUGAAGCUUUUCCCAGUUUCAAAAAGGAUCUUCUUGAAGAGGAGAAUGGAAAGUUUCAUAUCGAAGAUUCUGGACGUUUUAUAUCCUUCACAAGUGCUCUUAUCCGACUUCUGAAAAAAUUGGGAAAUAGUCACGAUGCCUUUCAAUCAUUUAUCUGGAAAGUCUGCUUUCCACUGCUAAAUAUUCUAAAUACCAAUAAUUAUGAGCUAAUUAAUAAGAUUUCAGAAAUAUUAUGUGAAGUCGUGGUAGAAACCAAUGCUUGGCAGAAUGUGGAAGUGACUAUUGUACCAUUUUGUUUAAAUUCAUUGGUUCUCUCUAUCGGUAAGCUUCAAAUUGAGGAACGGGAAUUGCAACAAGGUAGAUUCUCAUCACUGGAAGGACAAGAUGACAUGCUAAGUUCUCAGGGCUUUCACCAGGGAGAUGCCCUACUUGAGUAUGGAUCUUGUCCAUUGUCCAUUGCUUGCCAUGUACUAUCUUCAUUGUUGCUUUCUGCCAUCAAUGUUAGUCGAGAAGAUCAGACAUCUGAAAAACCAAAAGAUCAGCACCCCAUGGAUGCUGUCCCCAUGAAAUUUGCAAAACAGGUGGUUGAGGAUCUCUCUGAUCUUGUAGUCUGCAUGCUUUCACAGCGUUCGGAUGAUUUGCUUCGUUCCUGUGCAAUUCGAGUCCUCCUUCCAUCCAUUUUUGAGACAUAUGAUGUGCUUCCAUGUUUUGGAGGUUCUUUGCUUGUGAAGGCAUUUGUCCUUUCUAGGGCGUGCUUUUCUAGGGCUGUUUGGAACUGCUGCAGGUGUCUGUUUCUUCUUGGACCACAAGAACGACAAGAUGCAUACCUUCUCUUGUCUCUUUGUCUUCGCUCUUUUUUUCCUAUUAAAGGAUGUGACAACCUCUUAAUUGGGAAUGAUGCUGAGGAGUUUGAUGUGCGUUUGGAGAAGGAGUUUUGGGAAGAAUUACGGAGAGGCCUGGUCGAUAAAGAUGCUUUAAUGAGAAAGCGGGCAUUGCAUAUUUUGAAAUUGUCAUUGGACAAUUUCUCUGGUCCUUCUGCAAGAGAUGGCAACUUUUCUGGUUCAGAGAUGUAUGUGGGUUCUAAGAUUGAGCAUAAAAUGCCUGUUGAAAAAGCUACUCCCUGUAGUAUGACUAAGAGGGGCAAAUGGGCUGAAGAGGAAGCAAAAUCUUUGGGUGUGGGGAGGAUGAGCAAUUCUGACAAUCAUUGUUUGAGUGGCAGGCAAAGAUGGGAUGCUUUUAUCCUUCUUUAUGAAAUGCUUGAAGAAUAUGGCACACACCUAGUCGAGGCAGCAUGGACUCAUCAGGUAGAGCUCUCUCCCCCCCGCAAAAAUUCACGCGUGACAAAGUCGGGAAGAUGCCAGAAAAGACUCAAAGGGGAUUACUUUUCAGAAACAAGUACGGGUGCUAUGAAAUUCUUUAGCCAGUUCUGCAACUCCUCCUCUGUGCAAGAACGUAUAUCACUUGUGCGCACUUUAUCAUCUGUUACGAAACGUGCAUCUUUUGGGCGAGCUGGAUUUAUGACUCUUGCAGCUUGCAUUUCUUCAAUUGCUUGUACGGCAUAUCAGCAUAAUGAAGGUGUUUCACAAAGCUAUCUGUGGAGUUGCUCUGUAGAUCCUGAUCAAGCCAAUAGCAUUCCGCAAAGUAGUGCAGGCUUGUUGGAGAAUAUGCAGUUUUUUCUCGAGCAAUCGAAACAACACUUCAAUCAAAAUUAUCGGCGUCAAGUAUUUGAUUACAUUUUGGCGGCAGUUUCUACUUUAGUGUCUGUUCAUGAUGUUCCACUCGACACGCUUCUGCAUUUCAUUUCAGUCUUUCCACGCGCGUUUACCGAUGCUGGUUAUUUGAGAAGAAAUGUUCAAUGCUGGUUAUCUUUGAGCUGUGAUGCAUGUCUUGAACGGUUACCCUUUCAAGUUGAAUCAUGUGUCUUACAUAAUUUAUAUGAUUUUCCAAAAAGUUUUAUUAGAAAUAAUUCCCAUGCUCAGUCUGCUACUUAUGAUGAUGAUGACUUAAAUUCUUGGUGCUCGGAGGCACAAAGGUGGGCUCGCUUGCUUUUCCUUGUAUUAUCUGAAGAAGACCAACUCAAACCAGUAUUAAGUUUUGUUGAGCAAUUUGGUUCAAAACUUUUUCAGAAGGCUCUUGAUAAGGAAUGGAUUCCUGUUAAAUUUCUUGUUCUUAUCUUAAGCAUAGUUCAAGAGUGGCAAGUUGGACAAACGAAAUCUAGUCGUUAUUUUACAGAGUUUGAAACUGUGACUCCUCAAAUGAUGGAAAUAUCUAAUGAAUUGAGCAUAAGGCUUGAUGUGAUUUGUGGAACAUUUCUUUCUAUAAUGGGGGAGCUUGUAUCUUUUGCGCAUGUAACAUGUGACAUAUUCUGGUCCUUUGAUACAGUUAAGGAUGCACCAUUGCCUAGUUCUGUAACAGGGAAGCUUGGCGGCCCAAGUCAACGACGGUUGGCUGCUUCAACAAGUACUGCAGUUCUGAAUGCUAUUUACUCCUUGAGGACUGUUUCUUCCAUGAUAUCAUGUUUUGCAUAUUCAAAAGAAAUUAGACCACCCGAUUCUUCCAUUACUUUCUUGUGGAAUUUCUUGUGGAAAGUCCUUGCGUUGACAGCACCCUCCUCAGAGACAGGGGGAGAGAUCCGGCUUGCUGCAUAUGAAGCAUUGGUAUUUGCUUUGAAGGCAUUGCCCAAUGCUUUCUCUCCUCUGGCUGUUGAUCGACUUGUGGACGCUAACAAUACAUUAUGUAGAGAGGUGGAUCAAAAGCAUUUGCUAGAUCCUCUCUUUCACGCUUUUCUACGUAAUAUUGAUGAUCUACUUGGAGUAGGAAUGCUGGCCAGAAGUAGGCGUGCCGUUCUGAUGCAAUGGAAGUGGUGCUGUUUGGAUUCUCUAUUGACUGCGCCUUAUCACAUGCUUGAGAAGGAUAUCCAUUUGGAAGGCACAUUUCCCUUUAUAUCUCCGAUGAUGCUCAAACGUGUCUUUCUUGAUGUAGUUGACAGCCUUGAACAUUCUGGGGAGAGUUCUGUGCUUCCAAUAUUGAGGUCCAUCAGAUUGAUUUUGAGUAUAUCCUUCACAAAAAAGAAGAUGUUAUCUGAUUCUUCGAGCAUUGGCAUUGAUAUUGAGAUGAUGUGGAAAUUGGUUCGUUCUGCUUGGACUUUAUAUGUCAAUUGCAAUAAGCGUCGUGUGGCUCCAAUUGCAGCUCUUUUGUCUUCUGUUCUACAUUCAUCCUUGUUCAAUGACUUGGGAAUGCAUCAAACAGCUGGAACUAUGCAGGGUCCUUUGAAGUGGUUUGUUGAGAGGAUUCUUGAAGAAGGUGGUAAAAGUCCUCGAACUGUUCGGCUUGCUGCUUUACACUUGACAGGAUUGUGGUUGAUGUACCCAGAAACAAUCAAAUAUUAUAUGGCAGAGUUGAAGCUUCUCACACUAUAUGGCUCCGUGGCUUUUGAUGAAGAUUUUGAAGCAGAAAUAUUGGAAAACGGUGAAGGGAGAAGGGAAUUUUUGUCAUUAGCUCAGAGACCUGACUUGGAGUUCACGGAGGAAUUUCUCAACACUGAGAUGUACCCACGUGUAGCUGUUGCUGUCCUUUUCCAAAAGCUUGCAAGUCUUAGAGAAGUCUCACGGCUUGUGAAACAAAAUGAAGAUGCUUGUGCUGCAUUCCUUCAUGGGAGAAUGUUUCUUCUGGAGUUGUUAGAUUCAGCGGUUAACGACAAAUAUCUCUCAAAGGAAUUGUACAAAAAGCAUAGCAUGAUCCAUAGGCAUAAAGUCCGUGCUUGGCAGAUGAUUUGUGUGCUCUCUUUAUUUGUUGAUGAAAGCAUUGUUGAAGAGGUUACAUCUAUGCUUCAUGUUUGCCUCUAUAGAAACAAUCUACCAGCUGUUCGACAAUUUUUGGAGAUUUUUGCAAUUCAAUUAUACCUGAAAUUUCCAUCCAAGAUCCGGGAGCAAUUUGUUCCCAUUUUUCAAGAUCACAAUAUGCGGCCUCAGGCACUUUCCUCAUAUGUCUUCAUUGCAGCCAAUGUGAUCCUUCAUACUACUGAGGUAUCCGUCCAGUUAAAACACUUGGAUGAGUUACUUCCCCCGAUAAUCCCAUUAUUAACUUCUCAUCAUCAUAAUUUACGUGGUUUCACUCAGAUAUUAGUCUAUCAAGUUCUUUGCAAGUUGAUGCCUUCAUCGGUACCGACCAACUCAGAAGCCAUUUCUAUGGAGAAAAAGUGCUUCCUAUGUUUGAGAUCAUAUUUGCAAGAGAACUCGGACUGCAUGCGCCUUAGAUCAUCAAUGGAAAAAUUGCUUGAUGCCUAUGAUCCUAUUGCCUUGGCCACUCCAGCAGGAUUAUUCUCCUCAAAGCAUGAGGAUGUUGCCUUUGAAUGUGCUCCAACUUCUAUCUUUGAGAAAGUCAUCAACUUCCUAAAUGAUGUUAGAGAAGACCUGAGAGACACUAUGGCAAAGAAUGCGAUGAUUGUCAAGAAUGACGGCCUCGCAGUUGCUGAAACAAUGAAGUCUAAGGAUCCAUCCUUUGAAGCCGAUAAUGAAAAGCUUUCUCCCCAAAUUAUCAAUGAUACCUCUUUUGAUUUUCAAAAGAAAAUUACUCUUCAAAAGCAUGUAACUGGAGGUAAUGAAGCCUAUAGAAGUGACAGCCUUCAUAAAUCUCUUGCAGAAAUGGAAAAGGAAGAUGAACUUUUGAGUUCAAUGGCACAUUCAAGAAACAGCAUUUUUGAAGGAAUCAGAGGAUGUCGACAGCAUUUUAUCCUUGUUGCAUCUUUACUGGAUCGGAUUCCGAAUCUUGCUGGAUUAGCCAGAACUUGCGAGGUUUUUAAAGCAGCUGGUUUUGUCGUUGCAGAUGCCAGCAUUGUGCAUGAUAAGCAAUUUCAACUAAUCAGUGUGACAGCAGAAAAGUGGGUGCCUAUUAUAGAGGUCCCAGAAUACAGCUUGAAAUCUUUCUUAAUGAAGAAGAAGAGGGAGGGUUUUUCGCUCUUGGGUUUGGAGCAAACAGCCAACAGUAUACCACUUGACCAGUAUUCUUUCCCUAAGAAAUCAGUUUUGGUUCUUGGGAGAGAAAAGGAAGGCAUUCCUGUUGAUAUCAUCCAUGUUCUAGAUGCGUGCUUGGAGAUCCCCCAAUUAGGAGUUGUGAGGUCUCUGAAUGUUCAUGUCAGUGGUGCCAUUGCUUUAUGGGAGUACACAAGGCAGCACAGAUCGCGAUAAUCCUGAGUGAUCCAUAUUAUGUGAAUUCAGUAGGCAUUUGUCGUGUGUAUCUACCUUUAGUUUUAUUAUUAUUAGUAUGAAUUUAUGUAUGUUUCUAUGGUCAGGCACAUGCCUUCCUCAGGUAUCUAUGCACCAGAGGUAAGCAUCUCAGUGCUCAUUAAAAACUCAAUUCCAGUCUAAUCCAGUGUAACUUAUUUAUUUAGUGUAACUUACUUAUUUUGCUAUAUUUCUCUUCAUCUUUGUAGGAAUCAAACUUUGUAUGAACUGAAAUUAGGAUGUGCAGCAUGGUUAUAUCAUUCUUUUCAUUCAAAUUUGAAAAGUCCCCUCAAUUGAUAUUGGGCGCUGGUCUUUUGUUUAUUUUGAAAUUUUAGCUUUGUGGAAUGUUUUCUUUGUGCAGCUACCCAUCUUAUAUUUCUAACAAAUGAGUAUGUGAUGAUGCCAUGUCGUUUGUCCUAAAAUAAAUUUGAAACAGCCACAGUAUUCAAAGGAAUUGUAUCAGUGGGAAAUGUUCAUUGGUAUUUGAGUAUGUGCACAUUUUAAAUUGUUCACUGAAAUUUGGAGUGGUUUCACAUUUUCCAAUUGGUACAGCUAUUAUUUUGUGAUACUUUAGCAAUUAUUCGUUUCCGCAUUUCUCGAGUAAAAGAACAUUUGAUGCUGCAGGUGUUUAAUGUUCGAUUCUUGUUCACUGUAAUUGCAGAAUGUUUCAGGGAUAUGUUUCACGAGAUGGCCACUCCAAUUCUAUUAGAAUAUAGAAGUCCAUGGCCUGGAGUAAAAGAUUUUCCAGUUCGCAAGAAUUGGUGCAAACUAGCUCCGAUUCAGCAGCUAAAAUGGCUUCAUAUUGAGCUUCAGCACUGGCUUUUAUUUGGAGGAUACUUGGAACAUUACCCAGCAAUCUCCCAGUAUCUAGUACUGUAUGCUGAAAUACUACCAUUCAAUUGGCGACACCAAACUAGCAAUGAGCCUCCGAGCCUCUCAAAGAUCUAUCCUGAGGGGAUGUAUUGCAAUAAAUAUAAUUUGCCAUUAAUCUAAAAAUAGUUGGUCUUAA